AUGAUUUAAAUGCUGCAGUAAUUUUUGCAGGAAGAUUUCAUCAUCUUUCUUCCCGUCUUCCCUUGCGUUUCUUCAUUCCAUUCUUCGUCUCCGAUGAAGAAUGGCGGGAUUCAGUGGCCUUGAUCUGGAUUAUCUCAAUGUGGGCGCCGUGGUGUCAGUGCGCACCAUGCUGGAUAAAGACAUCGAAGGCGAAGUGAUUGCCUGUGAUGGAAACUCACGAAUGUUGCUGCUUCGUUCGCAUCGUCCGGAACAGGACGUGGAGCUGGAUGAUCUGCACAUCAUUAAUAUGGAUCAUGUCAAAAAUGUGAAGGUGCUCCGCGAAGUACCUGAUAAUUUCGUUCCUUCUGAUGCUUCCGAUCUACCGCAUGUUGAUCUAGCUGAAAUUUCAAACCGUUUGAACGAAAAACUUGCCCUCCGAGCCAAAGAAAAAGCGUCCAGUUCUUCCCAGAACAAGGCCAGCUGAAAGCGGCGACUGAAUCCUCAAAUGACUUUGUUACAUUGUUGUGCGUCGUAUCCGGCGAUUUUUGCUGUUAAUUGUUUUAUUAUUCGGUGUUUUGUUGGGAUUGCUAACUGGGUGGGAAUGUGCGGAUGAUGUGCACGGUAUGCCGUUGUAACUUGUACGGUGCGAAGAAUUGUUUCAAUCAAAUCUAACUGACUGCCCUUUGAUAGAAUCUUCUUUAAUAUUGACCGCUACGAGCGAAAAGACGUUUGAACAAUAUGGUGAACGUUUGGGGUGCUUG